AAGACAGUCUUCCCAGCCAGAUAAUCCACGACGAUACCACUAAUGGCAAUGACCCCGUAAAGUGAAAGUUAUAAAAACGUAAACUACAUAUUCUUGAGACAAAUUCUGCCUCGUGCAAUUUGAAUUCUGGCUCAUUAUAGUCCCACCAGUAGCUCCUUGUUGCUCACGGUAGUUCUCUUUCACCACAAUCCCCGUCACCCAGUAACGCCAGUAAGGUGCUGGAAAAUGGCCGACAAUUGUUGUCCUCCGGGGUCCUGGCCCUUAUUGCUCCAGGACGCCAAUUACACACCCGCGGGCGAAGUUUCCACCAUCGCCACCGACCUGCCGCUCUACGUUGCCAAGCCGGAUGGCGAAACGGUGGGGGCAGUGAUUGUGUUACCGGAAGUUUUAUCGAACGCAAAUAUGUCUGGGGUUGGAAGAUUGCAGCUACCAAAAACGUCCUCUCAUCUGUCAUGCAAAACCGUCGUUUGCCACGGCACGGCAUGCGACACAAUACGCAACAGAUAGCACCCCACAAGUGAGUCAUGCUUGGCUGCGUAUCUAUCAUUUUGUGCCUAAAAAAAAAGUUGCCAGACAUAUUUGUGAUGGAUAAGUGUUUGGAUUCGAGGGCCGGCUGAAGCAGAUCUGCGACACGCUGGCCAGCAAGGGUUACUUCGUUGCCAUGCCCGAUUGCCACCGAGGAGACUCUGCCAAGGGCAAGCCUUCGGUCCCAGACUGGGUGGUAUGACAGGCGGACAAGCGGCUAGCAUAUAACUCGUUUCGUGGUCAUGCAACUCAUGUUACCGAGAGCGAUGUUAUUCUACAAGAACCCAUUUGCAUCCAAUGGAUGCCAUCCAUAUCCACCAAUCAGUUUUCUUCAGAGCCAUACAACUAGAAGGGGCCGCAAGAAGUAGAGCAUCGCGCCUGAGCCUGACAAGCGUCUACUCAGCACACAUUCUAAAAACGAGGAGUCUUCAACUUCAUCUCGUAACUUCAACUUCUUGUGCAGCAGCUGCAUCACAAAAAUCUUAUACGCAUGUAUGCUGGCGAGUGUCUGGUUCAUAGGCGAAAGACUGUGAGGAGAAAUAUCCGGUCGUUGAGGAUCUGAAGCAGGUACUUGUAGUUUGUUCAACUUCGAGAUCAUGUCCUGCUUACGUGGAGGCAUCGGGGGUGUGCCCGUGGGUUCCAGGUCUUCGGGGACACUUUUCUCCGAAGCGACCACAGGAUGGUCGUGGUGGACGUAGACCUCCGGAUACAGCGCAGGACUAAAGUCGCAAGGGGCGCCGGGGCGUGGAUACGAACAAAGCAAGCCGCGGAAGCCGUUAAUCACGAGCUACAGCAAAAGUAUGGGACCGAUCCGGCCUCACUGCAGGAGCGGAUACAUAGAAAACGGCGACCGAACCGCGAGCGAUUGGUGGGGGGAGUUCGAGGAAACACUCGCCAGCACAAUCGAGAAACUCAGCAAAACAGCACCCAGAAACGGACCGCGAAAGCCAUGGGUUAGUAGUCGCACGUGGGAAAAAAUAGCGGAGCGCAAGAAACUGGCAGCAAGGACCGGGGGGGCAAACAAAGCGAAACUGAACAGGCUGGCGCGAGAAAUACGGGCCUGCGUCAAAGACGAUAAAGCCACCUGGGUCCGGGACAAGCUGGAGGACCUGCGGAAAGCCGACAGCGCCGGAAACUCCCGGGCGGUCUACGAAGUAGCGCGGCAGCUUUCGGGCAAAGCAAGGAAAGCAGCGCAAGAACUUCCCGGGCCCCCGGAAAUGUGGGAGACAUUCUGGGGGGGCAUUUUCGGCAAACCCCGGCCGGCACCAGGAGAAGAGGCCCAGCAGACAGAAAGCUACAAAAAGUGCAGCGCGGCACUAGAAGCGGGCAAAAGCAAGGAACCUUGGUGCCAGGGGCUCGACGAAGUCCCGAGCAACGACGAAAUAGGGGAGGCCCUGCGCGGACUCAAGUCGGGGAAAGCUUUUGCCGGAUUAGCACCGGCGGAACUCAUCCGCGACUGCGAGCUGGCGCGCGCAGUCGUGGCUUCACUUGUGCGGCGCGUGUUUCGGGGCGAGGAUGUCCCCGAGGCAUGGGGCCGCGCGGUGUUGGCAAUGCUCCACAAGAAAGGCAGCAAGGCGGAAGCAAAAAACUACAGACCCAUCGCCCUGCUGACGUUCGCGGAAAAGCUCCUGGGCCUGAUAGUGCUCAAACGGAUAGAGGCCGAAGCCAUGAAGACGAUCGACAAAAGACAAAAAGGAUGCACUAGGGGGCUCAGUUGCAGACAUGGCGUCUUCCAGAUCCUGCGGGACGUCGAGCGGUGCAAGAGAGAGGGGAGGCGGGCGUACUUGGUGUUUGCGGACUUCCUUAAGGCCUUUGACAGCUUGGGGUGGGACGUUAUGCAUCGAGUGCUCCGCCACCAAGGUCUCCCGGAGUACAUUGGCCAGGUGGUCCAGGGCAUGUAUGAUGGCAGCGCUCGGGUCCGCAUCCGGCUAGGCAGCAACCGGCACACGAGGGAUAUCAAGCAGCGGGCGGGGAUUAGACAGGGGAGCUCACUUUCCCCCCUUCUCUUCGCCAUCGUUCUUGAUUUCGCCAUCACAAAUUUUGCGGAAGUGAUGCGGGAGCAGAAGAAGUGGACGGCCGCACAGGCUCGAGGGGACGCAAUGAGCCUGCUCGGGUUUGUCGAUGAUUUGGCAAUCAAGACAAGCUCGGAGGAAGAUGCGCAGUUCGCAGUGCGCGAACUCGCAGGCGCCUGCAGGUUCGUGGGGCUGGAGCUCAACGCCGACAAGGGAAAAACAGAAAUCCUAGUGGUGAACCAAGAAGAACAAGAAAGGCGCAACGAGCUAGCCAUGACGGAGGACUGUAUGGUAAAAACCGAAACAGGGGGCGAGCCGACCUAUGGCACGCUAGUAGAGUGGUCGGGGGUGGGAUUAACGAAAGAGCUGCGCGCCGCCGCGGCCGCAGUUGACACCCGGGCAAUGGGGGACGUCGUUCCCACGCACCUGGUGCUGUGGAAAAGCGGCCACCUGAGCGUGAUCAAGUUGAAGGAAGCGGGGUGGGCUUUGCUCGACAACGGCAAGACAAUGCGUAUUACGAGAAUGGGGAACAGGCAGAGCAUCCUGGAAAAGUUCAACGAGUGGAGGUGCCCACGGUGUGGGGACGUCCUUGCGGAUGAGCUGGCGCUGAAGUUCCACAUAGCAACGGGCUACUGCAGGGUAAACAAGACAAUCCACGAGCGGAGGACACUACGGGUGUCCCGCAUGGUGGAAAACAAAAAGAAGGACGAAAAGAAAAGAGCGGGGCCCUUGCCGGUAAACGUAUGGCACAAGGGAAUGCAGAUCGAAGCGGUCGAGCGGUUUACCUACCUGGGGACGGAGAUCGACCGGGACGGGUCGACAUCCUCAGAAAUCCGCCGGCGCUGUGCCAUCGCGCACAGCGUCGUGAAGUCCCUCGGGAAAGUGUGGCGCGACAAGGACCUACCCAAGCACCUGAAGGCAGGACUUUCUCGGGCUUUGUGCAUCAGCGUCGCGCUUUACAAUGCGGAGGUUUGGGCGGUUUACGAACACGACGCCAAGACCCUGCGUGAGUUCCAGCGCCACACCCUUCGCUACAUUCUUGGGCUGUGGAACUGGGAAAAUGCUCCAAGCACCGAAGACAUGUGCCGGGCCCUCGGUGUGCAAACGAUCGAGACCGAGAUAAGGGGAAAAAGCAUCGCGUGGGUUGCCCAUGCGGCGCGUGACUCUUCGGGCGAGGGGUCUCUAGACCGAAUCAAGGAAGAAAUCGAUCAAAAAACACACUGGGGCAAGCUGGUAGCAGACGACCUAGAGUUUUAUGGGAUUAGCCUGGAGGACCUCGCACUGCAGCGACCGACCGGGCCUGUGGUAAGAGAGCUGCUGACCAAGCGCAGACCCUACGCUACAGCGCGGCGGGAACAGGCAAAAACCAGAAAAGGGCCGGAGCGCGGGAAGAAGUCAGUAAAAACGCAAAAGGCGCAGGAGGAUCGGCGCAAGAGGCUGGAACAGCAGAAACAGGAGCAGGCAGAUGCAAGGCAGGAGAUGGUGAACAUGUUAAAUGGAAAAAAGUGGACACCACCGGCGCACGGGCAGCGAAGAUGGCAGCUGCAAGACAACCCAGAUGUCGUUUUCGAAAUUUCGGACACCUUCUUCUGCGAAAACUCGGGCAAGGAGGAAGUGAGCGUGGGUGGAGUGUGGUUCAUAAAAGAAUCUGAUGGAACGUACAUCGUCAGAUAGUUCAGCCACCCCCCACGAGAAGGAAAAGAAAAAAUUAACAAUGGUGUACGCACAGCCUCGAUACAAUCGAUCAGUUACUUUUGACGAGAACUUCUGAACAAAAGGACACGGCUAACGCGUUGAUGAUGAUGAUGAUGAUGAACUUCGAGAUGCAAAGAAGCAUGUCAACUUGCAGGUUCAUCAUCAAAGUACAGCAUGUGCUUACGGAGUCAGCUCUGAAUUGUCGUCGCUCUACUUUGUAUGGAGGAACUAGAAAAGAGCCACUUAUUCAAUUUUUCGACUUAUUUUUCAAUAAAAAUGACAUAUUUAAUAUUUUUAGAUAUUUUCCGUUCUUUACUUCCUUACUUUCCACAGGUGAUCGCCUGCAUUCAAUCUGCUACGACGCCGGACAUCAAAAUUUCCGCGAUCGGUCACUGCUGGGGCGCCUGGGCGUGGGCCAAGGCCGGGGAAGCGGGGUUGCCCUUGGUCUGCGGCAUUUCCCCCCACCCGAGCAUAAAACUGGAGGAGUUUGCGUUCAAGAAAUCGCAGGAGGAGCUCUGCGAAAAGGUGAAGUUCCCCACCCUCCUGAUGGCGGCUGGAAAUGACCCCGAUAACAUCAAGCCCGGCGGCAGUCUGGUGGAGAUUUUCGCGAAAAAUUGUCCGGGCUCCGAGGCGGUGCCGUUUCCCGACAUGCUGCACGGCUGGUUCUCCCGCGGCGACCUGGCGCAGCCCAACGUGCAACGGGAUGUCGAAAAAACCAUGCAGCUGGUUUGCGAUUUCCUGGCGAAGUACCAUGCGUAGAUUAAGAGAAAGUUAUAGGGAUAAAGAAGAAAGGUGAUGCCGCUGCGUGGCCUGCACAGCAAUUACUAGAGAUCAAAAAAGUGAAUCUUAUCUUCCGAGAAGAUGACUCACAAGAGCAGCGGUGCUACAAGAAUGAUCGGGGAUUGCAGUUCUACUUCGAUUGCUUCUUGCUGCUGCAAAACGGUGACGAGAAAAUUUCGACCAAGAAUGAAUCCAUUUUAUCGAGUUCACAGCUGUAGAUGCCGACGCUAGGGCUUUGUUUUAGCAUGAUGCGCCGAUGUUAAUGAUAAUGACACUACCACUAGCGCAUCAGGCUAGAAAAUGAAAGUCAAAUGCACGAAUAUGGAUGCGCGCCUGCGUCAUCGACAAAAGGACAGGCUCCGACGUUUCUUUGCUGGGUAUCGGCCACGGAUCACUCACUGUCGUGAGCACCACAUUCAACUUCCCCUGUAAUGUAUGUAAGUACCUACUACUUG